AAGAAUGAUUACAUCAUGGAAGCCCAAAAACAAUUAAACAAUAGACAGUAUUAUGUGCCACUCAAAUCGAACCCCACUGAGAACAUAAAAAGAGACCUUUUUGCAAUUUUGAACCCUGCACUGGAAAAUAAGUGGAUUAACAAGAAUGAAUUUGAAUUUCUCUCUCCCUCUAACCCUAAACUGGCAACUUUUUAUCUUCUUCCCAAAAUACACAAAAACCUUCAUUCACCCCCAGGUAGACCAAUAAUUAACGGAAUUGACACUAUUACAGAACCAGCUUCUCAAUAUAUAGACUUUGUUAUCAAACCCCUAACAAUGUCACUGAAAGCAUAUUUGCAAGAUACUACACAUAUACUCAAGGACCUUCAAGAAAUGCAACAAGCCCCAAAUGCUAUUUUAGCAACCAUGGAUGUUGAGUCACUUUACUCAAAUAUUGACCACCAGGAAGGCCUAGAGGCCCUUGAACAUUUUUUACAAAAAAGAUCAAACACCGAGACUCCUCCGACACAAUUUGUUGUUUCUCUUACCCAAUGGUCCCUCAAUAACAAUAUAUUCCUAUUCCAGGAUCGUCUCUACCAACAAACCAAGGGGACUGCCAUGGGGGCUUCAUACGCCCCCAACUAUGCGGGAUUAUUUUUGGGGCUAUGGGAAGAGAGAACAACUUCAAGAAUUUCAUCAAUAUUUAAACAGCACUAAUCCUAACAUCAAACUCAGUUUGGAAUUCAGCAACAAAGAAAUAAACUUCUUGGACCUUCUAAUAUCACUGGAUGAACAAGGCUCAAUACACACAUCUCUGUUCAGAAAAAGUACAGAUCGAAAUACUGUUUUACAUGCUGAAUCCUUCCAUCCUAAGAGUCUCAUUGAAAACAUUCCAUUUGGGCAAUUUCAACGUCUCAAGCGCAUCUGCAACUCUCAAACGGACUUCAAUACCCAAGCUACGGAAAUGCAACAGCGGUUCGUUCAAAGGGGCUACAAAGCAAAGACACUGAGUGGGGCUCUAACACGAGCAAAAACUUUGGACAGAAGAAAUCUUCUCAUAAGGAGACAGCGAGCUCCAUCACAAACAAAAAACAGAAUUUUCUGUACUUUACAGUACAGCAACAUGGCAUACAAAAUCAAAAACGCCAUUACAAAAAACUGGUCCAUACUGGCUUGUGACCCUUCACUGGGCCCCUUGUUCUCUGAGCCCCCCAGGUUUGCCUUUAAAAAAGCCCCCACCCUCAAGGACAAAAUCGUCAAAAACUAUUUGCCAGCAUCAAAACUUGAGACUUUUUUCAAAAAACCCAUUGGCACCUUCAGAUGUGGGGCAUGUGUCCAUUGCACACAGAUCAAUCGUUCUACACAUUUUAUGGACUCUACAUGCACCUACACUUUUAAAUGUCGUUCUUUUGCAAACUGUAAUACAACACAUGUGGUAUACCGACUGGACUGUGUUUGUGGGUGUUUUUACAUUGGUCGCACAAAAAGAAAACUGAAAGAGCGUUUUGCAGAACACAAAUAUGCUAUCCGUAAAGGAAACAUGGAAUAUCCGAUUGCAAAACAUUUCAAGAACAUGACCCACACAAACAUUAAUGAACUCACAAUCAUGGCAAUUGAAGUUAUUGAGAACACUCCCCGAGGGGGUGACAGGUUGAAAAGAUUAUUGCAGAGGGAAACCUUCUGGAUCCACUCUUUGAAAGCAACUGUGUUCCCUGGACUAAAUGAAGAAAUAGACUUUUCUCCGUUUCUGUAAAUAUAUUAAUGUGUUCUGAAUGAUUGUCUUUGAUGAUGAGGGUUUACUCACUGUUUCAUGCCACUGUUUCCUAUUCUACACACAGUGCCUUGCAGUCAGUAAUUUUUUCAUUAUUUAUUUUCUUCUAUAUGUUAACAUGAUGCAUCAUGGUUUAUUAUUGAAAUAUAGUGUUACAUAAUGAGCUUUAUUUAUGCAUUAUGGAUGAUAUGCUUGCCUAUUGCUCUGUGAAAAUAUUCCAAAGUGUUUAUAUUUUAUUUGUCUUUUAUGAAUGAAUACUUGGGUGGAGUCACAUGACCACACAUGAUCAUGUGACUUCCUGUUAAGUGUUUUUUAAAAGUAGACUUCCUGCUGUUCAGUUCAUUUACAAAUGUUGCCCUGACGAAGACUUGGUGUCGAAACAUGUUGGUGGUGUCCAUGUAGCUAAUAAAGGACUUUUAAUUGAGUAAGUA